UGAAACAACCAACUAUAGAUAUUCAUUUGGCAACUUGUCUAAAUAAAUAUUGUAAUAGAAAUUAUAAAAGUAUCUGUACAUUUUUAUUUAUUCAAUAAGAACCGAUCGCAUGUUAAAUAUGUCAGGCAUAUAUAUAUUACAAUUAUUUUCACUAGCAAUGAUAGAAGCCUUGAGAGUAGAGGGGGUAAAUGGCCCUCACAAACCUUCUGCCGAAACAAUUUGAUUUAUUUUCAAAAUUAUUUAUUGCUAAAAGACAAACAUCAAAAUUACAGCAAUCGUAUUUGUAAUAAGCUUCGAUUACAAAACAACGGUAAAAUCAAUCUCAUCCAUCCAUUUGGUUGAAAAAUGGUCAAACGAAAUCUCCUUUACAUUUUCAGCAAUGACAUUUAAGGUAAUCUAGUGAAAGUAUAAUGGGCUGACCUCAAACUUAAAUUUAAUUAUUCUUUCGUUCUCAAUCUCACCACUAUAUAUAGAGUCAGUCGUAACACUCUUUCUACAUAAAGUUUUCAAUUGUCAUUUCCGACAUUCUACCGAAAGUAUAGUGUCAUCGUCAUCUCUUGUUUAUUUUUUUCGUCUUUGAUUAAUCUAGCUGCUCCAAUGGCGUCCAUCAAUUCCCUCCCGAUUGACGGUGAAGGCGUUUGCAUGCUAUGUAAGAAAACACCAUUACAAGAAAAAAUAGUCACCUGCAUCACGUGUGUCACGCCAUGGCAUAGGGAUUGCAUGGAAAAUCCGCCUGUUACAUUACCGUCCUUUGUUAACUUUGAGUGCCCGGACUGUGCCGGGACAGGUCUCGAAGGGGUGACAGUACCGCCUCCUAUCUCUGUGGGCGGAGAUCUAGUGGUGAAGAUUCGGGAGAUUGAGGCGGAUACCUCGAUGACGGAAAAGGAGAAGGCGAGGAGGAGACGAGAGAUAGUAAGUGGAAAACAAAUUUGGAUUAAUGAGAAUGAAGAAGAUGAGGGUGAAGAAAAAGACGUGUUGUCUGUACUUGGUGAAAGCAUCAAAUGCCCCUUUUGCUAUAUGCUUUUAGAUAGGCCUGUCACGAUGUCAUGUGGCCAUAACUUCUGUUUGAAGUGCUUCAAGAAAUGGAUUGGACAAGGCAAGGAUACAUGUGUCAAGUGCCGCAGCCAAAUUAAUCGCCAAAUGAUUGAUCAACCGCGUAUAAACUUGGUAUUAGUGACUGCUAUAAGACUUGUGAAGGAGUCUAGAAAAAAUGUUGCCCUUAGAAGGCCUCAAACAGCCUAUCCUCAGGUGAAUCAAGAAGAUCGCCCUGAUAACCCGUUUAUUAGGGAAGGAGCAGCUAAAAAAGCUGGAAUGGCUAAUGCAUCAAGUGGGAGGAUAUUUGUGACCAUCCCUACGGAUCAUUUCGGGCCAAUAUUGGCGGAGAAUGAUCCGGAGAGAAAUCAAGGUGUUUUGGUUGGGGAAUCGUGGACACAUCGCUUGAAUUGCAGGCAAUGGGGUGUGCAUUGGCCCCAUGUCGCUGGAAUUGCAGGACAAGCAAAAUAUGGUGCACAAUCUGUGGUGCUCUCAGGAGGCUAUGAAGAUGAUGAGGACCAUGGAGAAUGGUUUCUUUACACAGGAAGUGGGGGAAGAGAUCUAAGUGGCAACAAAAGAACGAAUAAGGAUCAAUCAUUUACCAAUUCCAACGAAGCUUUGCGAGUCAGCUGCAAACAAGGGUAUCCAGUUCGUGUUGUUAGAUCCCACAAAGAAAAGCGUUCAUCCUAUGCCCCACAGGAUGGUCUUCGUUAUGAUGGUGUGUACAGGAUAGAGAAAUGUUGGAGAAAAUUGGGGAUACAAGGGUACAAGGUGUGUAGGUAUUUAUUUGUGAGAUGUGAUAAUGAACCUGCACCGUGGACGAGUGAUGAGCAUGGGGAUAAACCUCGUCCCUUGCCAGAAAUUCCUGAACUUGAAGAGGCACUUGGCAUUUUUGAGAGGGCCCACACUUCUUCAUGGGAUUACGACGAGGAAGAAGGUCGGUGGAAAUGGAAGAAACCACCGCCCCCAAGCCAACAGAGAGUAAUUGGAGCAAGUUUGAAGGAUGGGAAGAGAACAAAGAAGACACCAAGAAAAUCUCAAGAAACAUCUGUGAAGGGGACACUUUUAAAAGGUUUCUGCUGUGUACUUUGCAAGAAUAUUUUAACUCUCCCAAUGACCACACCUUGCGCUCACAACUUCUGUAAAGCUUGCCUUGAGGAAGCAUUUAAAGGAAAAGCGUUUAUAAAGGAAAGAAAAUGCCAUAAUGGGCGAAAACUUCGCUCACAGAAGAAUUUCAUGAAAUGCCCCACGUGCCCACUUGACAUCUCUGAGUUUUUGCAGAAUCCUCAGGUUAAUAGAGAGCUGGAGGAUGCCAUAGGGAGACUACGGGAAGAGUUUUAUGAAAGUGACAAUAAUAAAGAAGAUGCAAAUGAAGAGGUUAUUGAAGAGGAUGAGAAACCUUCAAAUGAUAAUAAGCUUUGAAGAACGCACAAGAAAAAGAAAAUAGACGUUGGCGAUAACUCAACAAAUAUUGAUGGUAAUUAGGUGACGUCCAUUGUGGACACGGACAAUUUAUAGGCUCCUGAAGAGAGGAGGUUAGGAAGUGAAUUUUCUGCGGUUAUCUCUUUUGAGACAGUUAUUUAGUAAAUGAUAUUUGUUUAGUUUGUCUUACAACUUUUGGACCUUUUAGACCAUGGUCUAAAUAAAUUGAAAAUCUUAAGAGAAAAGUUAGACCGCGGUCUAAAAUUUUUUAAGUUACUUCAUGUGAUAGAUGAUAGUAUAAUGUUUUAUACAUGUGAUCGACGAUACCAGUUGGCCAUGGAAAGAGAUCCGGAGAACUGAAGCUCCUUCAAAGGUAAUGUUACCUUUGUUAAAAAAAAAAAAAGCUCCUUCAAAGGUAGCUUGUUUUGGUUGGAUUGCAGCAUGGGAGCUUGCCUAACUCAGGAUAAU